AUGGAGAAGCCCAUUAAUAUUUUUAUUGUUACACUUCUCUUCUUGUUGUUCAAUCAAUCAUUGGCCAUUCCUGACACGUACAACAUCUUAGACUUGGGAGCAAAACCUGAUGGGAAAACUGAUUCAUCCAAGUCUUUAUUAAGUGCAUGGGCUGCAGCUUGUGACUCUCCCAAACCGGCCACAAUUUUUGUACCAAAAGGAAGGUAUUUUGUGAAGCAAGCACAAUUUCUGGGACCAUGCAAGAAUAGAGCUAUAAGCUUUAGAAUAGAUGGUACCCUUGUGGUUCCUUCAGAUUACAAAGCCAUUGGAAAUGCUAAUUUCUGGCUUCAGUUUCAAAUGGUUGAUGGAGUUUCCAUUCGCGGUGGCAUUCUCGAUGGCCAAGGCACUGGUCUCUGGGGUUGCAAAGCCUCCGGCAAGAAUUGUCCGAGCGGCACAACGACACUGGGAUUUACCAACUCAAACAACAUUGCAAUCGCUGGCUAA